AUUUGAGGGAGAUCUCAACUGGUGAUGAGUUGAACUCGAGGUUGACUUGCCUGCCUCAGGAGAUUCACCCUAUUCAAUUUGUUUAUAUAUUGCUGGCUUUCUGCAGAAAAUAUUCAGAACAUAGAAGAAUCCAAAAGGGGGAGAUAUAUUUGGAGGAGAAUUGGAUUGAAGCAGGCGUUUUUACAUGAUGAUCACGGGGACCACUUCAUCGUGUUACCCUAAUGGGACACAAGGGUUACCAUUAUAUGGGGUUCCUCAUCAUCAAGAAGUGGUUUCUUCCUCUCUUGAUCUAAACCCAUCUGUUUCUUCUACCAAUCAUGCCAGUUCUUUCCUUUACAAUCUGUCUGUUCUUAAGGAUAAGAUUCAUCAGGCGCACUCACUGGGUAGCCUAUUUCUAACGUCGGAUCAUGGCCAGCUACCCGACUCAACGGCCAUAGCGUUGCCAACUAUGGGCACUUUAAUUCAAGAAAUCAUUGUUACUGCCUCAUCUAUGAUGUAUUCAUGCCAACAAAUGGCCCAUGGUGGUGCACCACCGCCGGCAAGCCCUAUAACUGAUGAGCUGCACCACCAGCAGACGGUGAUGAUAGAUGGCAGUGGUGGUGAUUGUGUCGACCAUCAAGGUUUCUAUUCCAAUGACACAGUACUUGAUUGGUAUGGUGCCAACUACAAUAGCAAUUCAACUGAUACGCCUAAAAAAUCUAUUGCUGUAACUAGUAAUAGAACUGAAGUUUUUGAAAAGGAAACUCCUCAGAAAACAGAAAAUAAUGAAGAAAUAGUGGGGCUUUUGCCGAAUAAUUGUGAUAUUAUUGAACUAGAUGCUGCAGAUUUACUGGCAAAAUACACACAUUAUUGCCAAGUGUGUGGCAAGGGGUUUAAGAGGGAUGCAAAUUUGAGAAUGCACAUGAGGGCUCAUGGAGAUGAGUACAAGUCCAGUGCUGCAUUAAUCAAUCCCAUGAAAAGUAAAGCGUAUUCGAGUGGAACAGAUGAAUUAUUCAACAAAUUGCCAAGAAAAUAUUCGUGUCCACACCAAGGUUGUAGGUGGAACAAGAGUCACAAGAAAUUUCGGCCCUUGAAAUCCAUGAUUUGUGUCAAGAAUCGCUACAGAAGAAGCCAUUGCCCCAAAAUGUACGUCUGUAAACGAUGCAACAGUAAGCAGUUUUCUGUACUCUCUGAUUUGCGGACUCAUGAGAAGCAUUGUGGAGAUCAAAAAUGGCAGUGUUCUUGUGGAACCACUUUUUCCAGAAAGGAUAAGCUUAUGGGUCAUGUAGCUUUGUUCGUAGGGCACACACCAGCCAUCAAUUCGUUGUCCAGGUUGGGAAAUGGAGCUCAGAACAAAAUCAAUUAACUGACAGGUAAAAUUUCUGGGACUAAUCAAGAACUACUCAUCUUUUAGCUGUAAAAAAAUCUUGCUUUCUGUAUUUGUCGUUGGUGUGAUAUAGUCUGUACUCUAUAAACUUAACUUUAGACUUGAGUAUUCAUUCUCGGUAUGGAUUUAUGAUAUCUACAAUCGAUUAUUAAUGCA